AUGGUGGACGAGAUGGUGAUACACAAGACAACCAUUCUGAACAACCCUGAAUGGGGGAUCGAGCUGUCGAACGGUUCUUGGACCGGAUUCAUCGGUGAACUUCAGAGGAACGAGAGCGACGUGUCCUACACACUAUUCUACCCGACCAACUCGCGCAACAAGGUUGCCCAGCCGACAUCCAGCAUCUGGACCGAGGACGUGGUCAUCCUCGGAGCGUUCGGCAACGACACCUCGCAGGGCAGCAGCAUCGCAGCUUCUCUGACCGUCUUCGAGCCAGACGUCUGGAUUGCGCUGGGCGUCAGCCUUCUUGUACUCGGCCUGAUCAUGUCUCUGGCACCCGGUUCAUCGCAAGCUUUUGCCUCCAGGCUGGGGCUAAAUCUACUGAGCCUCACACGGAGCAUGUGUCUUCAAGUGAACGACGGCUUGCCCCGACCGUUGUCAUCCCGCGUCGUGGUGGCCACCUGGUGGCUGGCCAUGCUCGUGUUCUCCAACAUGUUCACCGGCAAGAUGAAGGCGGGCCUCACGGUGCGCCACAGGAGCGGACACCGGAUCGACUCGGCCGCGGAACUGGCCGCCCGUGAAGACGUCCGCGUCUACAUGCUUCGCGGUCCGGCAUACCCGCUGCUUCUCGCGCUGUCGCCGAACAUGCACGACAAGCAGGUGUACCGCAAGCUGAAGCCCGGUUCGCUGGUCCCGUACCACCGCCUGUGGUCGGAACACGUGCUCGACCAGGUAGUGGCCGGCAAGGCGGUCAUCAUCGGCGACCGCACCACGCUGUUGUACCACGCGUCCGAGGUGUGCCACCGGUACCCGCACCACGAGUUCUACAUGGGCAAGGAACGCCUCUUCUCGCACCCGCUGGUCAUCUACUACAACCGGCAAAACGUGCGAUUCAUCAUGAACGCCUGGGAACGACGACGUGCCCGCCUGACUGAGGCGGGGGUGGUGCUCAAGUGGCACGGCGACACGGUGGUCUCCUCGAGAGGCGACUUCUCCCGCUGUCCGCGCGUCGACGUCGGCGAACAGGCCACGCUGCACUUCGACCACCUCCACUCGCUCUUUUGGCUCCUGCUGAUCGGCCACGGCUUGGCCCUGGCAGCCCUGGUCGCCGAGCUGCCCGCCGCCGCCCUCGUCAACCGGUGCGGACGGCGCAACGACGGGAGUGUCGCGAGUCGCGUCGAAAAGGCGCAAGCGCCGCCGCUACCUCCACCGCGAGGGCGCUGCGGUCGGCUGGUGGUGCGUGUGCGCCAUCCCGCCUCUGUGAUCGUCGCAGACACCGUGGUUGCACCGUAA